UUCCCACUUCCCCCAAAGACCGCCAUUGAUCUUAACAGUGACUUCCUUUGUGUUGGAAAUUAAAAAAGACCAAACCCAUUCAACUCCUACUGCUUAUUGCUAUUUCUCUACCUAAACCCACUUUCUUCCUUCUCACAGGAUCCAAAUUGAGUUUCGCCUCCGGCCCUCUUGUCCCUCUCUCUCUCUCUCUCUCUCUCUAGUCAGUGUUCUCGUAAUCCGUUGUUUCUUCUAAAGAUCUUGAUGAUUUUGAUAAGUCUGUGAAUGCGUAGCUAGGUUAAACGCUAUUCCUGAAUCCUGAUCAUCAUAUAUCUUGGGUUUUUUCUUUUCUCCGAAGCUUUUAUCCAUUGGGUUUUUUUGUUGUGAUAAAUCUCGGUUGUGGGUUCUGCAUGUACAAAAGACAAAUUCGUUUUGGAUAUUGAUAGCAACUGACCGCUGCUGCGUUCAUCACGUAUCGAUCAAUCCCACUGAUCAAUUAAUACGGCUGUCAAUUUCGUCAACGCAAAAGAUAGAGGUCAAGGGUCAAGACAAGCCUGCCGCUGCCAGGGCUUCUAGUUGCAUCCCUAGCAGUCGAAUCAUCAUAUAAAUAAAAGAAGGAAACUUCAAACUUCACCUCUCCAAAACUUCAAACCUCAGCUCUGGAUUCUGCCCAUUUCGCACAAGAAGAAGAAGAAGAAGAAGAAGAAGAAAAAGAAGAAGAAGAAAAACUGGCAAAUAAGUGGUGGGAGCGAGUGGAUGCAGCCAUGUCAGGAUACGAAGGAGGCUACGUUCAUCAGUUGCUCAGACCAGAAUUGCAAUUAACAGCCCAACAACAAUCUCCAGAUUCCAAGGAUUCGCCGGAAGAAGACCAGAAGGCCGACCCAGAUUCAGCCGCUACCAGCUCCGGCGGAGCCGCCACAUCCCUCCGUCGCCCGCGAGGCCGUCCUCCUGGAUCCAAGAACAAGCCCAAGCCUCCGAUAAUCGUAACGCGAGACAGCCCUAACGCCCUCCGAUCCCACGUGCUCGAGGUCUCCGCAGGCGCCGACAUCGUCGAGAGCGUGUCGGUUUACGCCAGGCGGAGAGGAAGAGGAGUUUGCGUCCUCAGUGGCGGCGGCACCGUCUCGAACGUGACGCUGCGCCAGCCCGCCUCGCCCUCUGGCAGCGUGGUCACGCUACACGGCCGCUUCGAGAUACUGACUCUCUCCGGGACUGUUCUUCCGCCGCCGGCGCCUCCAGGGGCCGGCGGGUUGUCGAUAUUUUUGUCCGGUGCACAGGGACAAGUCGUAGGCGGUAGCGUGGUGGGUCCACUGAUGGCUUCCGGUCCAGUGGUUUUGAUGGCGGCGUCUUUUGCAAAUGCAGUGUUUGAGCGUUUACCGUUGGAGGAACAGGAAGAGGGAGCCGCCCCGGUCCAGCCAGCGGCGUCACAAUCCUCCGGCGUCACAGGAGGCGGAGGUGGCGGACACUCGGGUGAUGGCGGCGGCGGCGGCGGAUCUAUGUUCAAUAGCAUGGGAGGAAAUGUGCCUAAUUACCUUUCAAGUGAUCUGUUUGGAUGGGGUAGUGGAAGCGCUCCUGCAAGGCCUCAAUUUUAAUGGAUCGGUGAUAUAUAAAUUUGACAGGCUUUGAUAUAUAUAUAUAUAUAUAUUAUCUUGUGAUGGAGCAUGUGAUAAGAACAAUUCUAGUAGUAAAGAGAUAUGUACAGAUAUUGAAGAAAAGAAGCUACGUACGUGCACUUCUACUACAGCUCAAGAAUUGGUUUUUGGGUUCAUGCUCCAAUCUUUAAUUCCUAGUUGUCCAGUUGAAAGGAAUGAAACCCAGAAGGAGUUAGAGCAUCUAAACUACAUCAAGGGCUUGUUUAAGGUCAGUAAGUUAGAUUGAUAUUUAUAUUCAUGUAUGAGCUACAUCAACUACAGUUUGCCAGAUUUUGCAUUAAUUUGUCCCUUUUUUUUUUCUCGAAAUCUCUCUCUCUGCCCUUUUCUUUUAGCUAGUUUCUCAUCCUUCCUUCGAUUGUGAGUCGAGAUGCGAUGCAACGUGGACAUGAUCUCAUGUUGUGCAGGCUAUUAAUUAAUUAUAAGAAUCAUGUAUUAAUUUGC